UCCUGGCCCGAGGCGGAAGUGGAUCUGGGGGUGAAGAUGGCGGCCGCGGCCAAGGCGAAGAAGAAAGUUGUCAACCAGCAGGAGCUGCGGCGGUUAAUGAGGGAGAAGCAGCGUGCGGCCGCGGGUAGCAGGAGGAUCGAGUCCCCACUCGCCAAAUAUAAUAGUUUAGGUCAUCUAAGCUGUGUGGUUUGCAGUAUUCCUAUAAAAAAUGAAUUGCUGUGGCAGACACACAUUCUGGGGAAACAACAUAAAGAGAACCUGGAGAAACGACGAAAUACAAAUCAAACAACUGGAGCGUCAAUAAUUAACACACCAGCAGUUCCUCUAGUAAAGAGAAAAGGUAUAGAUACAGAAACCAAAGCUGCAAAAAAAGUCAAAGCUUCUUGUGAUUCCAAAACAUCUACAAGUACUGGGUUACCGGCUGAUUUUAUCGAUCCUAUUAAUGAGACAUCUGUGCAGCAUUCCAGCCAAAGCUUGGUAACUGGCAGUGAUGAUGACAUGGAGGAAAAGGCUAAGAAAAAUAUUGAUCCUGUACCACCUAUGGGAGUGGCUGUUUUACAGAAAAAUGCUGCUCUUCCAGCACCAGUGCAGAACCAGACUGAGAAUAUACUUCCGGCAGGUAAGGAUUUUUGUGACAGGCUUUCAUUAAACAUCAUUAUUGGCACUAAUACCUUUUUAAAAAAAACACCUGAUACUAUGCUGGGUCAGUGUUCUAAGGGAGCGGGGCCCUCCAGGAGCUAUGCAAAGGCGGCUGCUUCAGCUGCUUCGGCUACUGCUCUGGUGGCCCGGUUCCCCAUGAAGAACCUGCCGUUUGAGCAUUGGAUAAGGUGCUACUUGCCCCCCCAGAUCAACCUGGAGGACUGCUCGGCUGCCGUUGCCGUGGCGGCCAAGCCCGCAGGUGUCUUGUAUGUGGGCAAAAUGUUUGGGAAGGCCGUGUUCUUCCUCGAGUCUGUUGAGGGGGUGAAUGCGGCCGAAACCCACACCACCCCAGGAGACAAGUCCACUUGGCUCCUGGAGUGGGGUGGCGAAGUCUUCAUGAGCCACCUCAGCUCCAUUUCCAGUGGGGUGGCCAUUUUGUUGGCCCCGAAUUUCCGGCCUGAGAUCCUAAAGGUCCAGGAACUGGUGCCAGGCCGCUUGCUUCACUUGGCCAUGCGCCUGGAUGGCGUGCCGUUGCAUUUUGUCAACGUGUACGCCCCCAAGCUUGCCGUGUUGCAGACGCGCCUGUUCCGGGAGGUGUCUACGCUGCUGAGCUCCAUCGACCCUGGUGACUGCGUGAUCCUCGGGGGGGAUUUCAACUGUACCCUCGAGGAAGGAGACCGUUCCGGUCUCCAGCGUGGUCAGGAGUCGGUGAAGAAGUUGAAGGAGCUCGUGGGCUCCUUUGACUUGGUAGACACUUGGAGGAACCUCCACCCCGACUCUAGGGCCUUCUCCAGAAGGUCAGAGGGGGGUGGGUCUCGCAUCGACCGCCUGUGCAUUUCUAGGGCGUACGUCUCCCGCGUCGCGGCGGCCUCCAUGCUGCCGGUGCCGUGCUCGGACCACCACCUGGUGUGGGCGGAGUUUAACCCGCUGCGCAUGAGGGGAGGGUCCGCUUUGUCUAACUUUAUUUACCAUUACUUUCUUUACUACCAAAAGGUUUCUGAAGCAAUUGUAGCAGAAAAUGAUGAAGAAGUUCGUUUGGAUAGACAGAUAGAAGAAAUCGAUGAACAAAUCCUGUGCUACAGACGUGUCGAACAUUUAAGAGACCGUCAAGAGUCUGUAAAACAACUGAUGACAACUUUGCAAGACAGACAAUCGCAAGGUGAUGAGAAAGUUGAUACCGAUGAGGAAGUGGAACUCCAGGAAUUCCUUUCAGGUGAUUGGCGAGCAAAAGGAGCUUUGCUUUAGUACUCUGUGCUGUGCAAUUAUUGCUCAAAGUAAACUUUCAACAAACCAUGACAUAUUGCCAAUCAAGACUGACUUCUACUACAGCUUUUCCAUGAACUGAUAAACCGUUGAAAACUUCAGUCAUCAAGAAGAAUGCUUGGAAAUUUUUUUUAAAUUGGUAAACCUUUUUCAGAAGAUGUACAGAUGUUAUAAUAAACAUUAAGAUGUGUCCAGAUGUAUUUUAUCAGGUUAUUUCAAUUAAUAUGUAUUUUCUGUUCAUAUUAAAUCAUUCUUGUAAUGAUACGAUUUUAUAUGUUUAAAGCUAGCCAUGUCAGUGGCAAUGUUUUCUUAAUUUGAGAGCAAACAUUAUGGUAAAAUUAAUGAAGAUUGUCGUCCUCUAAUGUUAUAUUAUGUUAUGAUAUAUUAACCUCAAGAUUAUUACAAAAUUGUUGAGAGGUUAACUUAUUUUGUUGGGAAGGAUUUCAAUUGGAAAAAAUAUGACGGUUAACCCCAAGAUUAUUACAAAAUUGUUAUUGAGAGGUCAACUUAUUUUGUUGUGAAGGAUUUUAAUUAGAAGCAGCAGACCAUUAAAUCACAAAGACAACAUAGAUAUAAAUAACAAUAAAAGCUGAAGUGUUGAAGCAAGAAUUAUACAACAUA